AUGGAUUACGAUCCAACGCACCCAUUUCUUCAACGAAAUGAUAAAGCUUUCAAGAAGUUCUUCAAUGUCGAAUCUGAAUUCAUGGCUGCUCAAGGUUACUCUCAUAAUGCAGAAAAGGCCAUUACCCGAAGCAUCGUAGUUACUCUCAUUGAAAUGCUCUCAAAAGGUUCCGAUUAUGAUGCAUUCAUUCCCUACCUUGCUGUGAAUUACCUUGAUCGAAUGUUGUCGAGGAAAAGCCAUUUACCAGCUCUAGAAAGAAAUCCGUGCAAGAACACAAAGCUCUUUGCAAUUUGUUGUUUUACACUUGCUUCAAAGACGAGGAACGGGAACUUCUCUGUUCCUAAUUUCUUGUGUCAAUCCACUCUUGCUUUUGGAGAUGGAGCGUCGUAUACUGACCAUGCUGGAAUGGCGAAUGCAAUCCUUGACUGCAAUAAACUUCUUGGAAUACUUCUAUCCUUUCUUCAAACUGAGUUCAAGCCAUCAAUAAUCGCGGCAUCAGCAGUUCUCAGUGCUUCAUUCGAGGCGUUUCCAGCGCAAGUCCUUCAACGUGCAGAGGAUGCCUUGUUGCUGUGCAUGGAAGCAAUGGAAAUUGAGGUCCAGCAGGAUCUGGAGGGACUCAAGGAAGUAGUAAAACUUGAUGAAGCAAAGAAAAUUGAGGAAGAGGAAGCAAGUAAAAUCAGGGAAGCGAAAAGAAUGGAGGAAAUCAAGGAACUUUGGGAACAAGGGAAAAAAUUUACAGAAGACAUGAAAAUUGUGGAAGCCAAGAAAAAAGAGGAAACAAAGAAAAAAGAGGAAGCCAAGAAGGAAAAGAAAGAGGAGGAUAAGAAUAUGGGGAAGAAAGUAGAUUAUGCGAAAAAAAUUGUGGAAGACAGGAAAGCAGACAAAGCGAAGGGUGUUAAAGAAGACACAAGCACGGCGAAGAGAUUUAUUGAAAAUUUAUUAAUUAAGGAAGCGCAUAAAAUGGUGAAAGCCGCAAAAAUAGAAUAA